GAUCUCCGAUCAUCUGUUAUCGCGAGACUAUUGAACAAUAAACAGUUGCCAAACAUGACAGUAAAUAUUGUGGAAAACGCUCCUUAAUGAUCAUUGCCUAUGGUCUUGGAUUCUAUUUUUUUACUUGUCUGUAUGGGUGCAAGAAGACUACAGAACGAAUGUCGUAAUACAACCAAGCGCUGUUGGUUUUUCAAGCAUUAGAUUGUUGAGUAUAUCCCAGAGUGUUCUGCUUGUGAGUCAGCCAACCGGUUUGCUGACCAAUAUUUGAGUUUUUGUUUUCUCAAAAAGGUUGUCAUUUCGGUCAUACCUCAUGAGUGUUUCUCUGGUUGUUAUCCGUCUGGAAUUAGCCGACCAGUCUCCUUCUCCGGAGGGUUUCGAGUAUUCUGCCGUGGACGGCAUGUCCGAGAAGACCCUGGAGGAGAAAGCCCUGGGCCUCGCCCAACUCACCCUGAGUGGAAAGACGGAGCUGGAGCGAUCGGUGGUCAUCCACCAACACAUCGGCAGCAGAGCUAUGGGGGACAUGGUUAUUGAAACAUUUGAGCCCAAUCCAGACAGAGGUGGAGGAGGAGCAGGAGGAGGCGGUGAAGACAGUGGUGGUUCGGCAGAGGACAGCGAGGGCCAUGGGGGUGCCCCGGCGGACCCAGACGGUACGGAGGACGUCCAGGAGGAGGCUGCGGAGACGGGCCAGGCUCCAGACUCCCCCUCCAAGGAACUCCCCGACCAGAUCUCCUUCUUCAGCGGGAACCCCUCGGUGGAGAUCGUCCACGGGAUCAUGCACCUCUACAAGACCAAUAAGAUGACCUCGCUGACGGAGGACGUGAGGCGCAGUGCCAUGCUCUGUAUCCUGACCGUGCCGGCCACCAUGACCAGCCACGACCUCAUGAAGCUGGUGGCGCCCUUCAACGACGUCAUGGAACACAUGAAGAUCAUACGAGACUCCACCCCCAACCAGUACAUGGUCCUCAUCACAUUCAGAACUCAGGCAGAUGCAGACAGCUUUUAUACGGCCUGUAACGGCCGCCAAUUCAACUCCAUUGAGGAGGCGGUGUGCCAGCUGGUCUAUGUGGAGCGCGCUGAGGUCAUCAAGUCAGACCGGGGAGCCAGUCUGCCGGUGAUGGAGCUGACGGAGCUGCCCAAGUGCACGGUGUGUCUGGAGCGGAUGGACGAGUCGGUCAACGGGGUGCUCACCACCCUGUGCAACCACAGCUUCCACAGCCAGUGUCUCCAGCGCUGGGAGGACGCCUCGUGUCCCGUGUGUCGAUACUGCCAAACGCCGGAACCCGUCGAGGAGAACAAGUGCUUUGAAUGUGGCGUGCAGGAGAACCUGUGGAUCUGCCUCAUCUGCGGGCACAUCGGCUGCGGCCGCUACGUCAGCCGCCACGCCUACAAGCACUUUGAGGAGACGCAGCACACCUACGCCAUGCAGCUGACCAACCACCGCGUGUGGGACUACGCCGGAGAUAACUACGUCCACCGCCUAGUGGCCAGCAAGACGGACGGCAAGAUGGUCCAGUUUGAGUGUGAGGGAGAGAUCUGCCACACAGAGAAGAUUGACGGUCUGCAGCUGGAGUACUCGUACCUGCUGACCAGCCAGCUGGAGUCCCAGAGGAUCUACUGGGAGAAUAAGAUCGUUCAUCUGGAGAAGGAGACCGCAGAGGAGAUCAGCAACAUGAAAGUGAAGUUUAAGGAAACCCUGGAACGCUGUGACAACCUGGAGCAGAGGAUGGGGGAGCUGUCCAAGGAGAAACAGGGCGUGGAGAAGAAGUACACCCAGCUGAGCGCUCGCGUCUCCAAGCUGAGCGGGGAGCUGAAGGAGGAGCAGGAGAUGAACAACUGUCUGAGGGCCAACCAGGCGGAGCUGCAGGCCCAGCUGGCCGAGGAGGAGCGCAAGGGGAGGGAGACCGGGGAGCGUAAGGAGGCGGCCAUCUCGGAGCUCCAGGAGCAGCUGAGGGACAUCAUGUUCUACCUGGAGGCCCAGCAGCAGAUCGAGCAGCUGCCCCAGGAGGCCCGCAGCGAGAUCCAGGAGGGCCAAAUCAACAUCGCCGCCGCGCCCGCCGACGGGGCCCUGGGCGGGGCCGGCGAGGGGCCCUCCUCCGGCCGGGGCCGGCGGGGCCGGGCCAAGAGGAGGAAGUAGAGAUAUCGGAGGACAACAAGCCGUCGUAGAGGGACACUGAUACACCCUCCGCCCGUCUCCCACCCUGAUACAGUGAGGUGGAGUCUGGAACACGGGCGCCGGGCGGGUGCUUAUGUACUUCUAUCAUGUAUCCUUUUAGAUCUGCUCUGCUCACAGAGAGGAGUUCAGUUUGAACAUACAAACGCAUUUCGCCGAUCAGACUGAACAGCUUUACACUGAAAGCUCUGUCCGUUUAGAACCAGGUUUUUCUUGCGGUAUCCAGAGAGGGCAUCAUGCUGCAGCUACCUGGCAGUCCCACUGGAGCUCGGAGUUGGGCGUCUCUGCACUAGUCUUUCUUCAGAGGUUUCUUGAAUACUAUUGGUGUAUCACACGCUCAGACUGCUCCUUGCCCCCAGUCGUAUUAUUUAGUCUAUUCCGAUCUUCCCUUCAACAUGUUUUUUUUUAGAUAGGGUGCAGGAUUGCUGCAGGAGAGGUGCACCGUGAUCUUAUCUGGCUGAACACAAUUCUCGUUGGUUCGUGAACAUAAACACACUGAAAUGCCUACAACGAUAAGAUAUGUUGAUGAGAUAUAUUCGAAUUGUAAUCUUUUUACUGGAGUGGCAGAAUUCCAUUUCAUUUUGAGAGAUUUUCAUGAUGGAGAAGCAAUGGACCUCAUUGUUUGUAUAUAUUCUUCCUUGGAUGAGGGGUGUACAUGUGCAGGUGGCAGAGAAAUAUAUCGAUUGUGUCUUUGUUAAAGUCUCACAGGAUGGUGAGAUACGUUAUUUCAGUUGUUUGGUUCACUAAGUAACUGGCUGUUUUAUCACUGUUGUGAUCUUCUUUUUUUGUAUUAUUUGACAUUGGACGUUUUAUUGGCUUUUCAAUUUAUUUAACUGUUUCUGUAUUCCGUGCUUUCGAUGAUUCAAAUGGCCUUACUUGAGGGAAAAUCUAUACCUUUUGACACAAAAUGAGCAUUCAUAUUUUCAACCGGUUGAAGGAAAAUGUUUCUAUGCAACAUUUACUUGUGUGUUUGUGUGUCAGGCUUUUGGCACCAUUUUGGAAAAACCAAACCUUUAAAGAUGAUUGUGUUGCGAUUUGGUCGAUCUAUGUGCUGCACACUGACACUUUUCCUCUCGUUUAACAAUCCAAGGGCGGAGCAGGAAAAGCUAGUUUCACUUCUUGUAUUCAGUUAACUUUCUGUUUUUAUAAAAGCCUGCUUUAGAAAUAAACACAACGUUGUUCUGAUGACUCUAA